AUGUGCACCGGCUACAUUUGGCAGUUCGGAUCACAGCACAGUGCGGUCAGUUCAGGAUCGGGUUGCAACUCAGAACAAAAAGAGGAUCGUCAUUUGGCUUCGGUUGCACCGCCGCUUGGAUUCAACGGCCGGUUAGAACUCGACUUUUCCAGCCGGUCUCGUCGGUCAUCAAGCUUCGAGAACAACACGCAUCGUUUACGACUGCCGGCUCUCCUUCUCCUUCGUUCAACUCGCCCACGCUCGGUCCACCUGCUCGACCGCUCCAUCCGACUGCUCCCACACUUCCGCUCACGAUCAUGCAAUAGGACCUGCCUCGAUACCAACGAUUGGCAUAGAACGCGAAUACGAGCUUCGGUCGUUCCUUCUUGA